CUGAGGGGAAAUGGAGCCAGAGGUGCCCAUGCUUGACACUGGCACAAAGAGAGGGCGUGUGGAAAAAGGGACUAAUGUGACAUCACUCUGGGAAGGGAACCGUGAACUUUUACUGAAGGCCUGUGUGCACUGUGAACUAUUCCCUUCCCUCGUCCUCGCCUCAGUUUUGUCAGUGCCUGUUUCUCCAUGGAUAAGGAAAAAUGGGCUGCUUUACUCCCACAGCCACCGUGUACCGCCGGAAUGUAAUUCUGCCUUUUCCUCCGCUUUUCUGCGAUUUAACAAUAUGACAAUUUCUGGGUGUGGAGAGCCCGUGUGCGGGAAGUGGCAAUCCCCCCACCCUGGUCACUGCCAGUACUGGAGCAGGGCGGGCUCUCCAGGCUGGGAACCCCGGCGCAGAGCUGGCUCUACACGCCAUCCCUUUUUUCACUCGGAGGGAGAUCCGGGAAGGGCUCCGUUUGCUGUCCGGCGCUUCCCUCAGCCCGCCCCGCUGCCCUCACGGCGCUGCCCUCACGGCGCUGCCCUCACGGCGCUGCCCUCACGGCGCUGCCCUCACGGCGCUGCCCUCACGGCGCUGCCCUCACGGCGCUGCCCUCACGGCGCUGCCCUCACGGCGCUGCCCUCACGGCGCUGCCCUCACGGCGCCCGCUGCUUCGCGCUCCCCGCCGUGUCCCCGCGCGGCCGCCGUAUCCGCACGUGUGCGUCCCGCGUGGUGCCGUUGCUGCGCAGCGCCCGCGUUCUUACAAUGGCUGAGGAUUUGAUAGCAGCGGUUGCCAGCCAGACAAAGAGGCUCAACAGCAGCAGCGAGGUGGUUCAAAGGCUGGAAGAAAACGGGCAUCAAAACAAAAGGUUGAAGAGCGAUGUGGAUGAGGAAGAUGCAGAGGAUCAGAAUAAGAAGUCACCCAAAAGGAAGAUUGUGCUGUUGAUGGCAUAUUCAGGGAAAGGCUACCAUGGCAUGCAGAGAAACGUGGGAUCUUCCCAGUUCAAGACAAUUGAGGAUGACCUAGUCUCUGCCCUUGUUCAGUCUGGAUGCAUCCCAGAAAACCACGGGGAAGAUAUGAAGAAGAUGUCUUUCCAGCGCUGUGCUCGAACAGAUAAGGGUGUGUCUGCAGCUGGACAGAUUGUGUCACUGAAGGUCAGGCUAAUAGAUGACAUCUUAGAAAAGAUCAAUAAUCAUCUUCCUUCUCACAUCAGAAUUCUGGGCCUGAAGAGAGUCACCGGGGGAUUCAACUCCAAGAACAAAUGUGACGCCAGAACCUACUCUUACAUGCUACCAACGUUUGCCUUUGCCCAUAAGGACCAUGAGGUGCAGGAAGAGCUUUAUCGGCUGGACACAGAGACCCUUGAAAGGGUCAAUAAACUGCUGGCCUGCUACAAAGGGACACACAACUUCCACAACUUCACAUCACAGAAGGGCCCCAGGGACCCCAGUGCCAAGCGGUACAUCAUGGAGAUGUACUGUGGUGAGCCCUUCGUCAGGGAAAACAUGGAGUUUGCAGUGAUCAAAGUGAAGGGUCAGAGUUUCAUGAUGCACCAGAUCAGGAAGAUGAUUGGGCUGGUGAUAGCAAUUGUGAAAGGUUAUGCUGCUGAGUCCAUCAUGGAAUGCAGCUGGGGAGAGGAGAAGGUCGAUGUCCCCAAAGCCCCAGGACUUGGGCUGGUUUUGGAGAAAGUACACUUUGAAAAAUACAACAGGCGUUUUGGGAAUGAUGGGCUGCAUGAGCCACUGGAGUGGACAGAGGAGGAGGAGAAGAUUGCUGUUUUCAAAGAGCAGUACAUCUAUCCUACCAUUAUCAACACAGAAAGGGAGGAGAAAUCCAUGGCAAACUGGCUAAACACCCUCCCCAUUCAUGACUUCAACUCAUCCGCUGUUGAGAUGCAAACGAACAACAAAAAUUCAAAGAAGAGCAGCGAUAUCGAAGGCAGCGAUGGUUGUGAUGAUGAUUCUGACUGAACCAGCAAGUGGCUGGACAUGGGACCCUUUGUCUACAAAAAGUGGCCUUUCUAAACCCAAGAAUCCAGUGAAACAGGAGUUUGUGUGCUUGCAGAAUGAGAACUGGAUGCCCAGGAGAAGCUGGGUGGGGAAGACGGUGCAGUAGAAAAAACAGAAGCUUUUUAUACCACUGACUGAUUCACCUGACUGAUAUACUUGAAAACAGUGUAGUGGGAAAGCAGCUUUCUAAAAAAAUCUUGAAAUGCAGGAUAUCCUAAUUGCUGUUUGAAUAAUGUUUUUAUAAUAAUGUUUAUUUGGAAAAUAGUAUUUUAACUAUGUAUAAUCUCUACGUAAAGAUGGGGCAAAUCAUUUUAAUAUACUCUUUUUUUAUUAUGAAGUUACAACUUCAUGAGCUUUUGAUUUUUUUAAUAAUUUACCUUUACUUGAACUGAAUCUCCCAGCUUUUAUUCUUCAUGUCAUCCAUGGUUUUCCUAUGGAAUAACAUGCAUGACCCUGAGAUUAACUCAGUUAUCUACAGUGUGGUGCUAAAAAUGCCCAGGUUGUGGAUUCAAUUCCUUUAUGGGCCAUUCACUUAGAGUUGGACUUGUUGAUGCUUGUGGGACCCUUCCAACUCAGAAUACUCUGUGAUUUAGAAACUAUGGGUUAGGAACUCACUAUCAUGCUGACUGCCAUGUACUCUUUUGGUUUUGAAACAAGUUUCUGUGUUUUCUAGAGCUUUGCAGAUCUGAAAGAAAUGAUUCCUUACUCAGUGAAAGGGCUUCUGUUUGGAAUGUGGACUGAACCCCAUACAUUCCAAAAUGAGACAUUUUCUGUGGAAGGUGCCGUCCUCCCGGCAUUGCCCUCGUGUGUGGGCAGGUUCAAGGAUAUAAAUCCACAGCUCCAGGUGUACUUGGGCCUUUGCUGCCUGAGGUGUAACCCAGAAAUCCUUUUGAGCCAUCCGCAGGAUCCAGAGUUUAAUUGAUUUGGCAUGUGUGAAAGAAAUGGUGCUGAAUUCUCUGGGCUUCAAUCAGGCUGGAUUUGUGAACUCUUCAAUCCCAUCAGGCUCCUCAGAUCAGGGAAUGUAUGCAGUGAUAUGGGAGGCACGUGUCUGAGCACUGCCAUCCUCUGGGAAUCAAUUUUAAUUUUCAAUGUUUUCAGGAAUUCCAUAUCCUGGAGUUGAUGCUCCUUUUUCCCAUCAGUGUUUAACUUCUGGUUCUUGUUUCCAGCUCUCUGGAGGUGGCAGAAGAAAUUACACCCUCCUGCCUUACCAACCUGCGGAACACUAUUGAAAUAUUGGAACAAGACUCCAAGUGUUUGGAUAUUCCCUUGCUUGAGUCUGUGUGGAGUCUUGCUUUCUAAUUACUGAAAAUAAGGAGUCAACUCUUUGUUCCCACAUAUAGUGGGUUUUGGCCAAAGCCUUUAAUUUUAUAGUUCCUUCUGGAAUGAUUCUUUUGGUUUUGAAGGUUUUUUUUGGGUUGGUGGUAAUUUGGGGGUAUUUUUUGGGGCACAGCUGUACUUUUAAAAAUGAUUCUCAUGUUCAUUUUAUCUGGGUUUUCUUUAGAGCUUUUUAUCAUGAAGGCCUUGCUUGAUUUUAUGAGAGCAAGUGUAUAAGAAGUGUCCUGGAGAGGGUUUCUGCUUGGAUUUUCAUUUACAUCCCUUGCUGGUCCCUACUCUGCAUUCCCUUCCGUCCAAAGCUCCAUUUCCCUAUGCCAUUCAAUCUGAAAAAAAAAAUUACCUUUAUCUACUUAUAAUAAAGGCCCCAAAGCUGUGAUAUGUACCACAGUUGAAAUCAAAGAGAAAAUUUAUUUGGAGA